AUGGCUUACAUACAACCUUCUUACAAGGUAAAGAAGGAUGUCAGCGGAUUUCUCUUCGACCCAGUUCUUCUCUCUCUGAUAAACUGUUCAAAAUGGCGUAUUCCACCGUCAGAUGGCGCUGAUUCGUUUUCCUUCCCACAGUCCUAUUGUAUGCGCAUGCUCAAUUCAGUUUACAAAAUUCUGUGCAGGGAAAUGGCGGAUCCAAACCCGCUAGACUCAUUUUUACAUUCAGAGACAGAUGAAAGUGUUGUUAACGCACUUGUUGCGUCAUUAGAGUCGAGAUUAGCAUCCCCUACACAUAAAGAACCAUCCCCUUCGUUACCAAAUCCGUCCGUCAACAGCAAUCAUGUCAGUAACGUCUCUUCAAUUCCAGCAUGCACAAGUGCUCAAAAUAACUCUGUGCAUUUAUCUAAUGACAGUGGAAAUACUAAUAAUUCUAAUGCAAAAUCGGUGAUAAAAAAUGAUAAUCAAAUACUAGGAAUUAAUUCUAUUCAUACAAAUUCACCUGUUGCGCUUGUACAUUCACCUGUAAACUCGCAUAGAACUGCAUCGCCAAAACCAUUGAACAGUGUAAACAAAUCCUCAUCUCCAGCCAUUCAAGUGAUAACACCACCACAGAAUCAUGGAAAUCAUUCAGUGGUAACCAACCAACAUGUGAAUCGUGCAACGCCAUCCCCAUCAAACGCUAUUUCAGUUAAUAAUAUAAAUGUAGCGCAGUCAAAUUCCAAUAUUAUUAUAACUAAUUCUGCAGUUAUUCAAAAUAACAAUGCAUUAAAACAUGUUAAUCGGACUUCACUUUCUCCAGCUCCGCAACAGAUAACAACUGGACAAACUGGUGUUGUGCAGCCAAGUCAGACAAUAGUGCGGAACAGUCAGGGACACUUAAUAAAUUCAAAUUCUCAGCAGUUGACACAAAAAACCAAUGUGCAUAUUGUUCAUAGUGCUAAUGUAACUUCAAUGAUAACUCAGCCUGGAACUAAUCCUAGUGUGAUAACUGUGCGAGGACAAGUUCCUUCAUCUCAUAUAACAACUGUAAGACCUCAAGUAGUGACUACACAUGUUUCAAAUUCACCAUCACCGCGACCACCAGGAAGUGUUAGAAUUCAAAAUAGAAUGCCAAAUGCACCAAUUAGAAUUGCUUCAUCUCAACCAAAUCAGCAGAUAAAUAUUGCUCCAAGACCAGGAGCACAUCCUGGUACAAUCACAUUACCUCCAGGUAUUGUACCAGGCCAGGGGGCGGUACUCAUGAAAAAUGAGCAAGGGCAGAUUGUGAUAGUCCAGCCUGGCUCACUUCCAGGCCAUAAUCCAGUUUCUUCAGUAACGAUCUCAAGCAGUACAACACAACAGAAAGUUCAGUAUGUUAGGCAUCCAAAUACUGGAGCCGCUCAGAGAUUACCCAACAGCCAAAUUCUAACCAUCCAGCCUGGGGCACAAUCUCAGCCCCAGACUGUGGUGAGACAGGCUGUGCCAGCCCCUGUAAAUGCAUCACGCACACAGCCUGGUAUCAGGGUUUCUAUGCCGGGAAGUUUACAAUCUGUUGUAAGAACAACUGCACCUGGAGGUUCAAACACUGGUCAUUCUCAUGUUGCAAGUUCUGGUCAACCAUCACCAGCUGCUCAAGCUGCACAACAACAACAGAUGAUAGAGAAUGUGAAGAAAUGCAAAAACUUUCUCUCCACCCUUAUAAAGUUAGCCGCUAGUCAGCCGGAGGCUACUGUUAGUAGUGUUAGAGAUCUCAUUCAAGGGCUUAUUGAUGGUAAGCUUGAACCUGAAGUUUUUACAGAGAAAUUACAAAAGGAGUUGAAAUCCUCACCGCAGCCAUAUCUUGUACCAUUUUUAAAGAAAAGUUUACCAUUAUUACGUCAGUCAUUGUUAAACAAUAAGAUGACGAUAGAUGGGGUAAAGCCGCCACCUAUAGAAAUUGUCCAACAACAUCAGUCAAUAGUCACUCAAAGUCAUGUUGGACAAUUGUCGUCACAAAAUCAGGUUAUACCAAAGGUUGGAGGUCAGUUUCAUCCGAAGCCAAGUGUUGCUCAGGUAACCAUGGGAACAGGGAAACCAUCAAUGACCAAGCAGAUGAACAUGGUGCACAGCAAUAUCCCUAGCACAGUUAAAGCCUUUCAUUCUCGGGUAGCUGGCCUCACACCUAGCUCCAGCCCCGGGCCAUCACAUUCCCAUAAGGACACUAAACGUGUAAAAGAAUCAUUUAAGGAUGAUGAUGACAUUAAUGAUGUUGCUACAAUGGGCGGAGUUAAUCUGACAGAAGAGAGUAGAAAUAUCUUAGCAACAAAUGCUGAAUUCAUAGGAACUCAAAUUCGAUCUUGUAAAGAUGAAGCUUUUCUUUCCCAGGGACCUUUAACAAAUAGAAUUCAUGCAAUAGCACGUAAACAUGGUUUAACAGAAGUUCCGACAGAAGUAGUUAACUUAGUAUCUCAUGCAACUCAAGAAAGAUUACGCCAUAUUGUAGAAAAAUUAUCAACCAUAGCUGAACAGAGAACUGAGAUUUACAAAAUGAAUGAGAAGUUUGAAUCAACUCUAGAUGUAAGAGCUCAGUUAAAGUUUCUAGAAGAAUUAGAUGUUUUAGAACGUAAGAGGCAUGAUGAGCAGGAGAAAGAAAUGCUCAGACGAGCUGCAAAGAGUCGUACAAAAUUUGAAGAUCCAGAGCAUCUAAAACUGAAGCAAAGGGCCAAGGAUUUGCAAGCUGCAGAAAUGGAAGAGGUUCGGCAAAGGGAGGCAAAUCUUACAGCUUUGGCUGCUAUUGGGCCUCGAAAGAAACGGAAACUUGAUGAGGCUUCGAGUAGUUCUAGUAAUGUACCAAAUGGCCCAUCUUCGUCCAACACUAGAACUGCUUUACGACCAAGAAUUAAAAGAGUGAACCUCAGGGACCUGCUGUUCUUAAUGGAACAAGAUAAAACUCUCAAUAAAUCAAACAUACUGUACAGAACGUUCUUAAAAUGAUGACUGUUACAGAAAAAUACAGUGUGUGAAGUGCUUUAACAUUACAAGUGGUAUAUUAAUUACCACGAUAACACAACAAUAACAACAAAAUACUGUGAUACAGAGAGUAGUAGGAGAAAAUGUCACUCAGCUUAUUGAGUGUAGUUACAUGAAGUGUUACAGUCAAGUCAGUUAUUGAAAAAAACCUAAAGGCAGCUGAUGUACAGGCGUGACUUGGAUAACUGUUAUAUAAGAGAAACUUGCUUCCAUGGAGCAUUCUAUUUAAAAGACUUGAUUAUGAUUAUUAAACAUCUGAUGUGAGGUUAUGGCAAAGGAAUUCUAAAACCCUUGCUAUGGUUAUGGUUAUGGUAUUAGCUGAAUGUAAAUUCCAGAAACCAAUUUCAUUGACGGAAUUAGAUGUUUCUGGAUUGUCUACAGUGGCAGUGUAGCUGAGAAAAACCCUGGGAUUGAUGUUAACCAAUUAAUGUAUUUUAUUGUUAUGUCGGUCUUUCUAGCUGUUGUUCCAGUUACCUGGUAUGCUAUGUGAAUCCGAAAAUAUUUCAAAGGGACAAGUACCAGCAGGUAUUGAAUCUGAUAAUGAGUACUGAACUAGCCGAAACUUGUGCCGAAGAAGUUGUUAGAUAGUCUAUUUUUAGCUUGUCUGUUUUGAAGGAAAAUCCAGAUGUUAUGAUCGAUGCGUCAUAGUUGUCGCAUUGGUGCAGAAACUUAAAUGUAGUCCAUAACUCAAAACAGUUUUAAAGGUAUCAAUAUUUUCCAUGGAAUGCUUGCUUAUCAUGACAAGGUGCAGUUGUAAGAAAUGGGAUAUAAUUCAAAAAGCUUUAUUCUUGGAGUUAUGCCCCUUUUAACUUAAAUUUUUUAUCAAAAGUGGUUACAUUGUACUUUAACACAAGAGCUGAGCGUUAGCACUGUGUGCAGUGCUCUUUUCUAGUCUGACUUCAAAUUAAAAAAAAAUCCAGAUUUUUUCUAAGAAUGGAGGGUCCAAGCUAGAGGUUAGUCUAAAAUGGAAGUUAAUCAUUGUUGACUUUCUGUUGUACUUGAAUUAAGCUGACAAUAUGCUUUGGUUAUACAUUCAUGAUGAGCUUUUAGAUUUCCAGUCCAUUGAUAAUGUUUCACUUAUUCCUACAUGCAGUUAAUGGGUAUUAAGAAUUCUUAAGGUUUUCAUAGUAAAAAAAGUAAAGGUUAUAAAAUAGAAAUGAGUAAGCAGUACAAGCCUGGAGCUUGUGUUUAAUAUAUUUCAGAAUAUAAUGUGUUUUAACAGUUGAAUAAAAAGUCGUAGAAAUGUAUAGAAUGGUUUGUAGUUUUGUAAAAAUUGUGAUCUUGUUAAUAUUUCUACUUAAAAGUAGUUUAUGGUAAAUGCAGGUUCAUUAAAAAUAGUUUUGGCAAUUAAUUAUGGAGAUAAUUAUGUUUGUUUGUAACUGGCACAACCUAUUGUAACAUACUGAUAAAGUUACAUAAUAAUUGCUUUUCUACCACAGACAAUGUUCAUACAACAAAGAUUCUGAGGGUUAUUAAAUGAAGUUGAAAUAAAGUUUCUGUUUAAAGCAGCAUGCCUCCAAAUUCAUGCAAAUUUUUGUGAAAAAUUAUGAAAAAUGCUGUGUAGUGAACAAAGAAAGUAAUAAAUACAUUGCAAACAGUAUUUACAAUCCACAUUCAUUAUUAAAAUAGGGUUAAGAUAUGCAAAAAUUGCCCAUAUCGCAGAUAACCUUAAUUUUUUUCUAAAUCUUUUUACUUUUCAUAAAAUUGUAGUAUAUUUUUUUCUCUCAAGUUUGAUUUUCUUGAAAUAUUUUGACUCAUCUGGAGGCAUGCGGCUGUAAGGUUACAUCAUCACUAUUGAUUUCACUUCACCAUAUAUAUAUUUUAAUUGAAAAUGAAUAAACAGAAAUUAGUAAUAAAAUCAAGAUAUUAAAUUAUAAUAUCACCUUCACUUGAGAUUUGUGCCUAUGAAUAGAAAGUAGGUUACAAAAAAAAGAAACCAAGUGCUUCCUACAUAGACCUAUUAAAUUUUGUUCUCGUUUUAACACCUUAACCUGCUGGCAGCAGGGAAUCUACCCAUCCGACCAAGAUUGGCACAUCGGUGCCAUCUGCUUAAGGUCUGCAUCGUUCAUUACUUACAUUUCCCAAAAAAUGAUAAAUGGUUUUAUCCAGAAAGAUACAUGGAAAAGUUUUGUGUUUAGCUUUGUAAGGGGAUGGUUGCAAACAAGAUGAGAUUUUCUAACGUUAGAUGAACACAAUGAAGUGAGGUGUAUAAAAUAAAUCAUUUACAUUCAGAAUUUUAUUGAAAGAAGAAAAUUAUAUAUAUGCAGAUACAUUUUAACAUUUUGUGUUAAUUUGUCAUAAAUAUAUGUGUUCAUUUCUUUAUUAUUAAUAUUAUGUUUGCAAAUAAUUAUAUCUGUUAACAUUUUCCUGUUACGGUACAUUUUAUGGGUGGAACAUUUCAUAUUAUCAUUUGAGCCGCGUCACGACAAAAUCAACAUAAUAAUGGGUUUGCGACCAGCAUGGAUCCAGACCAGCCUGCGCAUCAGCACAGUCUGAUCAGGAUCCAUGCUGUUCGCUAUCAGUUUCUUUACUUGUUAUAGGGUCUGUAAGCAAACAGCAUGGAUCCUGAUCAGACUGCGCGGACGUGCAGGCUGGUCUGCAUCCAUGCUGGUCGCAAACCCAUUAUGUUGGUUUUGUCAUGACGCGGCUAUUUACUUUGUUUUCUCAUUAUCAAUUCAUAUUUGUGGUUGUCUUGUUAAUGAUGGAAAGUGUUUGAAUUUUCACUACUAGGUAUGUGUUAAACUAACAUAAUUUUUUGAAACAAUUGGUUGUUGAUUUGAUAUAUAUUAACGUUUAAUCUUUUCAUUGUCUUUUAUAAUAGAAUUUAAAGGUCAAACAAUGGGAAGGUUAAACAGUGGGAUUUGAAAACUGCUGAUACUUAUAGAUAUAUAAUUUAGAAGAAAAGAAAGAAAAAAAACAUAGAAAAAAAAGUAUAAAUUUGUUUCUAUUGUUUGUGAUAAUUUUUCACAUAGAGUAAGUUUUGAAAUAUAAUAUUUUUUUUACAAGAUACCAAUGAAAAUUAUCGAGCAUUAUUUUCACCAAAAAGAUUUCAGCUAGGUUUCUGACAAAUAACCGUAGCAGUUUUCUCGACGUAUUUCAUAUUUAGCAAGUUCUCUCGUUUAUUGUACUGUCAUGUGACAACUUCUUCUCUUACUUAUGACAUUAUGUGCAAUUUUUUUAUAUCAUAAGUUAUAUAGAUACUGAAUUAUUAGUAGAUAGACAUACACUUAAAGAGCACUGUGUUGUCAAUUAAGGUUGGUGUAACUGAUUGAAUGGCGGAAUUUUUUUGUAAUGAAACCAUACACAUGGCUUUUUGGUAGGAUAUUUGUUGCACUUUUGUCUAGUGCUGGAAAUACUAGCAAUGCAUAUAGAUGGCAUGGGGUAUUCGGUAUUUCUGUGCCAGGAAACGAAUUUUCCCCCUGCUUUCCCUGGCUCUGUACUAGAGGGAAAGGUUUUCCAGCAGGUAGUGUUUAACCAUGCAAGUGUCUACAAGACUGAAAACCCAAUGUGGAUAGGCUUGUUAUAUAUAUUUACUAUUUCUUGUGAUUCGGUUAUGUGUGUAUUUAUAAUUUACAGUAGAUUUGGUCAUACUCGUACUGAAACCUGCACAUGAUUAUUAAUUUUAUCAGAAUAAGGGACAAUAGAAAGUACUAAUUCUUACAAAAGCAUCUCACCUCUCAACAUUAUUAUUAUUCUUAUCAAUGGUUUUUUCUCUCUCGCCCUUUUGGGACAAAUUUGGGUCCACCCAAUUUGGAAUUUUCCAGUGAAAUAAAUUUGGGAGAGAAAAAAGCAGUUGAAGUAUGAAAUUUUUAGCCAUUAGGAAUUUUUGGAUUCACCAUUUUUGGGACGAAAAGGUAGGCAUUUUGCUAUUGGGAUGAGGCCUGAAAAAAAUAAAAAGUUUCAACAUGUACUUUGUAAAGUUUAAUUCUUUAAACAUUUGAAGAUAAAUAAAGACGAUAUAUUUUAUUUCCUUUCUACAUGAUAUGAAAUCAAAUCUUCAGUUGCAGCCUACUUGAAAUAUGUCAGACAAGUUUUUAAUAAAAUUUGAUGAUAUUUCAAAGGAGUCUUGUAAAGUUUCAAUUAGACAGUGUCUUUUUUUUUUUCUUACUAUAAAAUCAUGUUUUCAUUACAUGAAAAUGUAGGUAUGAAGUUAUUCAAUUCUGGUGUUUUUCUUUCUGUUGACGUUUUCCCCAGUGGAAUAGCAUGGUAUUGCAUAUUUUAUACUUAAUUUAUAAUCGGGUGACAAUUACAUUGUUAAGUAAAUGUAUAUUUUUGCUUUGUUACAGACAUGUAUUUGUUACUUCAUGUUUUCUUAUGUUGUCAUUUUUUCAUGAAAUAGUUUAAAAUGCUGUGAAUAAAAUACUUUGUACAGAUUGUACAGUAACAUUAAUACAUAUGACUUUUCAUACAAAAUAGAAAAAAAAGUAAUUUGUCUAUUAAAAUUUUAAAUGAU